CUUUGUCAGGAGACAUGACUGGCACCUUCUAGAGGUGCAUUAUGCAGCAGCAUUGUGGUGGUGAGACUGGACGAGCACAUUCUGGUAUACUCUGGCAGCUUAGAGAUGACUGCCUGGAGCAUUGGCUAAAAGGUAUAAAGGGAGCAGUCGAGUCCACCAUGGAAUCUCAUCAUCAGAACAGAAAACAACCACAACAACCAAGCAAACAAUUACAUGCAACACUACCGCAUCUCCAACAAGCUCCCUCAAGCUUACAGAAUCAUCAAAAUCGCUCAGCCUACUCCAGUCAGAACAAUGUUCUCCUUCCCACGCUUCCCUUCUGGCGAAUUCGCCCCUCUCUUCCGCCUUCUGGACGACUACGCUUCUCACCAGAUCUCUCGUCAAGGCGAUGAGUUUGGAAACUUCAGCAAUCUGUCUCAGCUUCAAUCCUUCCAGCCUCGCUUCGAUGUGAAGGAGGUCAAGGAUGGUUAUGAGCUCCAUGGCGAGCUUCCCGGAGUCGAUCAGAAGGACAUCCAGAUCGAGUUCACUGAUGCUCAGACCUUGAGCAUCAAGGGACGUACCGAACGCCAUCGCGAGUCCGGCACUCCUCCUGCCGCACUCGAAGGUCAGCAGGAGCAGGGCCGUAUUGCCUCCGCUGAACAGUCAUCAGACACCUCCAGUCAGCAUUACCACAAGCCCACCGUUGAGGACGAGACCACAAUGUCUGGUGCUCAACCUUCUGACCAGUCCGCAGAGGACCAGCAAGUCGUCACCACCAACAACAACAACCAGAACCAGGAAGUCCAGCAAGCAUCCGAGCGUCCUCAGUCUCGAUACUGGGUUUCUGAACGCUCAGUCGGCCAAUUCUCACGCUCUUUUGCCUUCCCUUCUCGCGUCGACCAGGACAAUGUCCGUGCUAGCCUCAAGAAUGGCAUCUUGAGCAUCGUCGUUCCUAAGGCAUCUGCACCCACCACUCGCAAGAUCAACAUCGAGUAAGCGACACAUUUUCACACCACCAAGAUCCAAGAAGUCAAUUGGCUUCACGAGCAACGAACACUAUUGGACCAGAUGCAUAGCAUGGAGUUUCUGUCUGUUUUGUCUUUGUUAGCAUUAAUGUCUGUUUUUCUUUGGUUCUUCAUUCUGUUUCCCCUGAUGAGUUUCUGCUUUUUUGUAUGAAUUAGUUUAUACUGUAAUAUAAAUACAACCAGUCUGCUUCGCAA